GAAAUCGGUUUUCACGAAUAGUGAAGAGCAGGCAAUGUUCGAGAUAGAAUCAGUUGAGCUAUUGUCAAAUUAUGAUAUAUUUGUAUAAGAAGUGAUAAAGUUUAGUGGAAUUACAAGAAAAGUUUAUAAUAUAUUAUAUAUGUGCGACAUUUGAAGAGAAAUAAGAAUUUUACUUUGUAAAUAUAAUUUAUAUACACAUUUAUUAACAUUUUUAAAUAUACAAAAAAGCAAUAAUGGAAAGAGAAGAAGUAAUAAAAAAUGUACGUGCAUGUCUCAUAUCUUCAAAAGGUGGAGUCAAGAUGGAUGAUCUAAAUAAAGAUUAUAGAUUGCUCAUUGAUGAAAAUAUACCAUUUCGAAAGUUAGGGUAUCAAUCUUUAGUUGCCUUUUUACGUACUGUCGAUAGUGUUAAAAUUAUUGAGAAAGGAAAAGAUUGUUUUGUGGAGGCUGUACCUAGUGGAGAAUCUGCACAUAUCUCAAAGUUAAUUGCUCGACAAAAGACAGCAACGAAAAAAUAUAAUAAAAUGGCGAAUAGAGAAAGACCAACACCAUUUCGUAAACCUAUGAUGACAAGAAAUUUUGGCAGUAUAAGAAGUUUUAACAAUAAUUUAUGUUCACAAAUGAGUGGAAAACAAAAUAUGUAUUUUCCUGCAAUGUCAACCAAAAUUACUAUUCAUCAAAAUAGCGAGAAACCCAGAUAUAUACAAUCUAAUUGUGGUAUACCACCAAGUUCUCCUAGUAAAAGACUGAAAGAUAGACAAGUGAAUACUGCUUUAUCAACAAACCAAAGUAUUAACAAGUCUAAAGAUGAGACACAAAUAAAGAACAAUCUAAGGACAGUAACAUCUGUGAUAAGUCAACAUUCAAAGAAUGCUAAUAUCAAUGUGGAAAUGCUUCCUAAAAAAAUUUCAAGUCUAAACGACAGACUUAAAGUAAGUUCUUAUAUUCCUUCAUUGAUGGAUAUACGCACCAACAUUUCAACACUGUCUCAAUCACCUGAGGUGUUGUCACCUUUCUCACCUGGGCAACUUCUAGCAGAUAGUAAAAUGAAAUUUCAACAAUCAAAAUUACCUACAGCAUUAGGUAAUACUAGAAAAAUUGUGCCAAAAUUACAACUUACUGAUCUAAGAGAAGAAUUGAAACAAAGAGCUAGUGUACUAAAUUUUCCAGAACCUGUGUAUCAAAUCUGUCCUACAACAAUUAAAAAUACUAAAGAACCGGCUGUGUUUGCACAAGUUAAGAUUGGUCCUCACGGAUAUUCAAGUUAUCCAGAAGAAGCAGAUACUGAAGAAGAGGCACAAAUACUUGCAGCGAAAUUUGCCUUGCUUGAUCUAACCGAAAAAUAUGGUUCAUCUACUUGCUUUAAUGAAACUAAAGACAAAGGCAUAAUAAAAGAACGAGUUUUGUCCAUAAUAGAUGCUCAUCCAAAUGGUAUCUUUAUGCACCAGAUACCCAUGUAUUAUAAACAACAGUACGAGGAAAUUUUACCUGGAAACUGGGAAAAAGUUAUUGAGACGAGCUCAGAAAUUGUUUUAGAAAAGGGUGUAGAUAAUUCGGUAAUUUUACGUCGGUUUACCUCGUCGGAUUUACGUGAAAAGAUACGAAAUACAACAUCAUUAAAGACAGAUAAAAUACAACUGCAUCCAAUUGGUCCUGUUGCACCUGGACAAUUGCAAUUACCGGAAGAAGAAUUUUGGAUUGUGUCUGUUACAUACGUUAUAAGUACUGUUGAAAUAUGGGCUAGAAUUGUAGGAGAUGCAUAUAGUGAUGAAUUUGACAUUAUGACCACCGAAAUGAGUAAACAUUACGGUAAUAUCCAACAAUCUCUGAAAGCACCACUUAUUGAAAUUGGAAAUUACUAUGUUGUGUUUGAGGAUGAAUCGUGGCACAGAGUUCGUUGUGUAGAUUUUAAUAACACAACUGGAAUGGUUACAGUUUCAUUUAUUGAUCAUGGUGAUGAGGAUAUUUACCAUUAUAGUAGAUUACAAGUAUUGGAUAAAAAGUUUUGUGUGCUUCCUGCUCAGGCAUUAAGACUGUGUCUUUAUGGUUUGGAAGAUUUCAAUGAUUGUGAUAGCACCGUGAUAGCAAUUGAAAAAUGUUUGCUUGACCGUGCUUUAUAUGUUGAAGUACGAAAUCGUAAGAAAGAUCAGAAUGAUAUCUCUGCGACAGUUGUGUUUUAUGAUACUCAUGGACCAGAUGACAUUAAUUUGAAUUUAGAAUUGUUUAAACAAAUCUCACAAAACGUAUUAGUUGCUCCUAAAUUAGACGUGGAGGGACAAGUAUCAGAAGUAUUUAUUUCUCACGUAGAACAAAAUGGUGAUGUUUAUGUACAAGUGCAGUCUGAAAGUAUGAAACUUUUGGUUAAUUUAUUAAAUCGAUUAAUAUGUACUGGACUAAACACAGAAGAUCUAGAGAGUUGCAUUGUAACCACAGUUGAUUCUAGUAAAACAUACUUUGUGUCAGUAAAUAAUAAUUGGUACAGGGGGAAAAUCGUAAGUGACAGCUUUUACAAUCAAUUAAGAGCAUUUUUAAUUGAUUUUGGUAAGACUGUCACUAUAACAAAAAGCAAUCUUCUUUCUUUAGAAACAUUAUCUCAAGUUUUAGCAAAUUAUCCUCCUCAGGCAUUGAAGGUACAUCUUCAUAACAUUGAUAAGUCAAUGUUCAAUGAAAAGAUGGUUGUAAAACUUGCAGAACUUGCACCAAAAGGUGAACCACUUAUUGUAAAAGUUGUAUCAUCUAUAAAGGGGACACCAGUUGUGGAAUUAUUUAAAAGAAUUCAACCAAGUAAUAUGCUUGUUUCUGUCAAUAACACCUUGGCUCUUGAAGAGGAAAUUACGAAAACACAUGGGGAUGGUAACAAUAAUAUAAAACCAAGGAAACGCAUCGAACGUAUGAAUUCUAAAUUCGCAGGAAGUGAAGAUGAUGACGUUGUAAAGUCUUUAAAACCACCAAAAAUUUCAGGCAUUGGCGAAUAUUUUGAUGUUCAUGUAACAAUGGCUGCCCAUCCCGGAAAUUUUACUGUUCAACCAUUUGACGAUAAACGUUCAUUAGAGUUAAUGAUGAUUCAAUUACAAGAAGCUUGUCAAGUAUACAAAGGUCCAACUCCAACUCCAGAAUCAAUAAAAGAAGGCAAACUUUAUGCAGCUCAACACAUUGACAGUCACUGGUAUAGGGUAUGCAUUUCAAGUAUCAUUAAAGAAAAUAUGGUUAGCGUUUACUUCUGCGAUUUCGGAGAUGUAUCAGUACUACCAUUAAAUAAAUUACAACCUUUGAAAAGUGAAUUCUUAGAACUACCGUAUCAAGCUAUUAAAGCAAGACUUGUUGGUAUACGACCGAUUAACGUUGACUGGUCUGUGGAAGAUAGUUUAAGGUUUCAAGAAUUAGUCGUGGAUAAAAAUUUUGUAUCAAUAGUUUACGAAUCUAAGUCUGAUGGAUUUUCCCCGGCCGAUACUAUAUUGGGUUUAAAAUUGAUAGAUGUUAAUACUGCUGAAGAUAUUUACAUCGAUCAACUUUUAAUUGAGGAAGGUCGAGCUACAUUAAAUGAUUAAAGCGAUAUUUACUUGGAUACAGUUGAUACAAAAUAGGAGUAUCAUAGUAAACACUAAUGGUUAAAUUAAUUUUGACAACUUCGGCAUGGAAUACAUGUAUUUGUUUCCUACGUAAAUGCUAAGUGAUAUCUUUGUACAGUUUUACUGUUUUACGCUUGAGAAUUUAGUUGCUUGUAUAUAAAAAUAAUAUUUCUAUUUAAUACUAUAUGUAAAACCCAUAGCAUGAUUAACUGUCUUAGAUAGAAGUAAUGAAAAUAUAAUGGAAAUUAUAUGAAUGUAUAUACACAUACACCAAACGUGUAUUACGUAAUACGUGUAUGUGUACAUUAUACUUAUACAUAUACAUAUAUUAUCUAUGUCCUAUACCUAUAAUUAUGUCUUUGAAAAGUUAUAGCAUUUUAUUUUUCAAGAAAAUAAUAAUUUAUUGAACUAACUUUUAAACAUUAUAUAUGCACAUUCUUAUAGAGUAUUUUAUAUAUUUUUGUUAUAAUAUUCUAUGUUUUUAAGAUUCUUUAUUUUUUCAAACUUCUUAAAUUUAAUUUUUGUUCUAUAUUAACAAAUUUGGCUGUGUCAUAUAAAAGACAACAAAACUGUGACAAAAACUGUGACGAAAACUGUGACAAAAA